AAGUGUGAGACGGAGUAGCAGGACCAGCAGCUGCCUCCCCUGUGAUUGGCUGCUCUGCUGAGUCCUAUAUACUGUGUGCACAGGAGAGUCCCCCAGCUGCCAGUCUCAGGGCUGAACCCUCCACAUCUCAGCCUCAGCAGCUGUCAGGCAGGAGAUCUCCCCGGCUCCCACGCCGCCACUAUGAUGGACAGCACUAUAUUUGAAAUCAUCAUAGACGAAUUUGAUGCCAACUGCAGCCUUCUGGAUGCUUUUCAAGACACUUUUCUCAGCAGCAACCACUCUUUCCAGCCUUUCGAUGGUCCCCACUGCAGUGCCACCAUCGAUCAGAUUGGUACCUGCUGGCCGAGGAGCAUAGCUGGGGAGCUUGUGGAGAGACCCUGCCCGGACUCCUUCAAUGGGAUCAAGUAUAACACUACCAGAACUGUCUUCAGAGAAUGUUUUGAAAACGGCACUUGGGCAACGUGGAUGAAUUACUCUCAGUGUGUCGCCAUUCUGGAUAAAAAGCGGAAAGAUGAUCUGCAUUACAAGAUCGCUCUUAUUAUACACUACCUGGGGCACUGUAUAUCCGUGCUGGCGCUCGUCAUUGCCUUUCUACUUUUUUUGUGCUUAAGGAGCAUAAGAUGCCUUCGCAAUAUUAUUCACUGGAAUUUAAUCACAACCUUUAUCCUACGUAAUAUCAUGUGGUUCCUCCUACAGUUGAUUGACCAUCAAAUUCAUGAAAAGAAUGAGGUCUGGUGCAGAUGCAUCAUAACUAUUUACAAUUAUUUUGUGGUGACCAACUUUUUCUGGAUGUUCGUAGAAGGCUGUUACCUCCAUACAGCCAUAGUGAUGACCUACUCCACUGAUAAGCUGCGGAAAUGGGUCUUCCUCUUCAUUGGAUGGUGUAUUCCGUGCCCAAUAAUUAUUGCUUGGGCCAUCGGGAAACUGUGCAACGACAAUGAAGAGUGCUGGAUUGGAAAAGGACCCGGAAAAUACAUUGAUUAUAUUUACCAAGGACCAGUCAUCCUGGUGCUUCUUAUUAAUUUUGUGUUUUUAUUCAACAUUGUAAGAAUAUUAAUGACAAAAUUAAGAGCUUCAACCACCUCAGAAACAAUACAGUAUAGGAAAGCCGUCAAAGCCACGUUGGUCCUGCUCCCUCUACUGGGAAUAACCUACAUGCUGUUCUUCGUGAAUCCUGGAGAAGAUGACAUCUCUCAGAUAGUCUUUAUUUAUUUUAAUUCAUUUCUUCAGUCUUUUCAGGGUUUCUUUGUAUCAGUGUUUUACUGUUUUUUGAACGGGGAGGUUCAAUCAGCUGCAAGGAAAAGGUGGCAUCGCUGGCAGGACCACCACUCCCUCCGUGUCCGAGUCGCCCGGGCAAUGUCCAUACCAACAUCCCCCACAAGAAUCAGCUUUCACAGUAUCAAGCAAACGGCGGCCAUCUGAGCUCAGGAACACCACGGCCUCCAGCGCUCUCGGAUCUCAGAUUUCCCAAUUCUGGCACUUUGAGGUGACUUUACACGUCGGUGGGCAUAUGGCACCCUUGUACCUAGCACUCCAUGGCAGGAAGAUGACCAGUACAUUGGGUAAAUAUACUGCGAACAAAGGACCUGGUCAUGAGUCUACACGAUACUGGACAUUAUAUCGUAAGCACAAAUGAAAGGACACCACGGUGGAAGAGCUAUUCAUUUGUAUUUAAACCGUUGAGUGUGAAUAGAGCGAUUUGACCGAA